AUGUCAAACUCUCUGGCGCGCAAUGCGGGAUUGCGACUAGGACCACUAGUACUGGAAACAUUGGUCAAACAUUACUUCGAUCGUAUCAAGAAGGAGAAUGCACAACAGUCCAACUUCGCAACACAGCUGCACCAGGACGAACUUCUCUACCAUGAAGCGUUCAAUAUCGUGAAGAGUUUCCUCGAGGCCUCGACAUAUCAUACCGUGGAGGAAGUUCAAGCAUUUUCGAAUAAUCGGACUCCGUCUCUUCCCUCUUCUCAUGUUGUGCGUUUAUUAGUUCCAUUGUCCUGCUGCGACGAGGCUGCCACCUAUGUUAUCCAAGCGCUUGGUGGAGAAGAACUCGCCAAGCGCCUAGUGGGUGGCACAAAAUGGUGGCAAGUGCGUGGAGUCAAAGGUAUCGAUGCAGAGUGGAUCACGGCUCGCAAGGACUAUCAAAAGGCGAAGAAGCGGAACAAAGCGAAAUACAGAGCGAACUCCAAUACGGACAUACCCACCAGUGAAAGUGAUACCCCGACUCCAAGUGGACUGCCAGCUUCCAGCUCAAAUGAGAGUAAUAUUUACAAGGAAGAAAUGGACGAAAUGCGCUGCAUACUAUACGCUCAUGGAGGGGGUUACUAUUUUGGGAGUGUUGAUCAAGAAAGAUACAGUCUCCAGCGGCAUGCAAGGAAGAUCAACGGCCGUAAGCUAGCUAUCAACUACCGCCUGGCUCCGCAGUAUCCCUUUCCCUGUGCCUUACAAGAUCUUCUUGCUGCUUAUCUUUACUUGAUCAAACCUCCUUCUGAUGCGUCCCACCAGCCAGUACAGCCAGCACAUAUUGUUAUUGCAGGAGAUUCCGCAGGGGGCGGUCUAACCCUCGCAUUGUUACAAAUUUUGCGUGACACUGGACUCCCAUUGCCUGCAGGAGGGAUCUUAAUUUCUCCUUGGUGCGAUUUAACACACUCUUUCCCAAGCAUCCACACCAACACCGCUACGGAUGUCAUUCCUGUAUAUGGACUUUCAUUCCAAAAACCUAGUCCUUUGUGGCCUCCGCCAUCGGAUGAAAUGACCAGCACCGUCCAUUCUGGGCUGCGCAAGCGGAUACGUCAGAUGGUCCGGCUUGAAUCGAAGCAUGAUAAACACGACACUGAAGUUUCCUCAAAUGUCAGCGUACAUCAGGAUUCAAGGGGUGUGUCAUUGAUUAACCUAACCGGGGAGGACGAAAAAUCGGCUUGCAGUGAAAUGCCUGUUAACGUGGGUGCCACUGCUGCUCUACCAUCAGUCGACAGGAAAGAAGAUCAGGCCAUACGUCUUCUAACCAAUUCAGGUGAAUUAUUGGUGAUAGAAGAGCAGGUGCACAUGUAUGUCCAAAAUAGCUUGCUCGGACACCCACUCGUUAGUCCAGCCCUCUCGUACCUGGGCGGCUUGCCGCCUUUGCUCUUCAUUGCGAGUGACAAGGAGGUUUUGAGAGACGAAGCCAUUUAUUCAGCUCACAAAGCUGCACAUCCUUCCCGUUAUCCAAUCAAGAAGGAAGUACGCUCUCUUUACCCACCACUCAAAGGAAUAGAAGACCGUUUCAGUCCAACUGCAGUUCAUCUACAGGUCUAUGAUGAUACGGCUCAUGUUUUGCCUGUUCUGUUCUCUUUUACUACCCCAGGAAAAUUUUGCUACCGCGCAAUUGCAUCUUUCACAAAGCACGUUACAGGCAUGAACACACUGUCCAGAUCUUCGUCCAGUCCGAUGGCCUCUCCUACUACUAGUGCCUUACCCUCUCGCACCGCCGUCAGGUUUUCUCUGCUCUCCCGUGCAUUGUCUACGCCUGAAUUUCUAAAUCGCACCCAGGGAAAACCAGAUAGCUUGUCGUCGUCUAAUGAUCCUGAUUCCGGUGGUCUUUCGCCGCGUUCAUCCAAAUAUCUUCUCCCUCCAUUGUCUCGACCUGGUGUACCGAAGUCUGCAUCUGACAACACUCUUUUCGAAUCUGCACUGCGGGCUCGAUCUUCGGAUAACGUAAAUGUGGGAGGCAAGGAGAUCAAGGGUAGUACGUCUGACUCCGCUGAUAACGUACAGCGAUUUGCAGGAGAGAGUAGGGUAUAUUGCGAUGACCAAGGUGUCCUCUGGGAGGAAGGCAUGAUUCGCGAAAGGGUGUCAACUUCCGGUGUACUUCGACCACUAGAACCAGAGGCAGACUUGGGCGCAUUUCAUACUCCUUCGGAAAUCAUAGGAGUUCUCUCGGAGCUCGCUGUGCGACGCUAUAUGGAGGGAAAGGGUAAAUUCGACAAGAAGUUUGCGAAAGAGCGACACGCCAUCCAAAAGCAACGCCAUCGCAACCUCGAGCUUUCGAGAAAAGACGUUCUGAAGAAUAUUGCACAACUUCAAGACUUGCAUGGUUCGCAGACCAAAAAUGGCAAGGGGAAGGCACAUGAUACUGUGAAAGGUAUCAAAGAAGGUCUGGAAGCUGCUGCUGCCAGCUGGAGUUGGGCUUGGGCUUUGGAUGUGGACGAGCGUCCUCCACCGAGUAGCAUUGUAUCACGGCGAGAUACAGAUGAAGCUCGACGGCUCGCGCGGAUUGCGGAUCAAGCUGUCUUACAAGAGUACAGUCAUAUGAGCGCCAACAGCCUGUGGGCUGUUAUCGUCAAUUUCUUAACCAUCGCCCAUGAACGUGACCACAAACAUGCCGACUCCGACGUCAGCGAUGGUGGCAACAAAUCAGCAUCCCCAUUGCAGAAACGCAAGUCGUUGUUCCCCUCACUGCGACCUCGAACACGAGAGGUAAACCAGUCUGAGCCAAGUAAAUGA